UGAUCCUUGAACCUCCGCCCCACCAGCCCAUUAUCCUUACUCCUCACUCACUCUCCUCCCAUAUAUAUGUAUAAUAUUUGUAUAUUCCUCUCCACACACAUUUGAAGGAAUUGGUGGCAGGGGAAGUGGAGAGAGAUGUCUGCGGAUUGGGGCCCAAUUUUCGUUUCUGUGGUGCUGUUUGUGCUCUUGUCUCCGGGCUUGCUGUUUCAGCUGCCGGGCUCCAACCGCUGCGUGGAGUUCGGCAACUUGCGCACUAGUGGGGCCUCCAUAAUGCUCCAUGCCCUCCUAUUUUUUGCUCUCAUUUGUUUGUUCUUGUUGGGUUUUAAGAUUCAUUUGUAUAUUGGGUCUUGAUCUUACUCACUGGUUUGGGGUUUGAGUUUGUGGGUUUGUCGUAUUGUCUAAGUCAUGUUACUGAUAAUGUUCUUUGUACGGUAUAAUACCAUAAUAAAUCUAUGAAAAUGGUGUCUUUGUUGUGAUCCUAUCUGGGGUUUUGCAGCUGAUCCCUUAUUUGAGGGUUUUCAGAUGUGGAUUUGUGGAAAAUGAAGUAGAUGAUUUAUGCCCUUUCUCCA